UUCGCAUUAAAAACCGAAUGGUUCUAAAGAAAGAGGAGGCCAUUUCCAACGACGCCAUGCAGGAUCACUUGAACGUGUGUAAUCUGAUUAACAGCUUAGCUAAAGAGCUGGGAAUCUAUAUUCUGUUAUUCUACUUUUAAAUUGUUAUGUGGAUCUUGUGGGUGAUCAAUAAUCUAACUGGUAAAGACAGCCACAUUCUACAACUGGGAACACAAAUUCAGAGCGCAUGUUUUCUGUCGUCCGUUGUGGCUAUUGCAACACUGGCUAUGAUUUAUGUACACGAGCAGGCGGAUAUUUCGUACGAGAUGCACCGGUUGAUCGAUAAGGAAACCGAUCAAGAAAGACGUGCGCAACUGCUCGGCCAUCUCUACCGUGCGACCCAUAAACCCAUCGGGUUUUCGCUGGCCGGUAUCGUCGUAGUAAAUCGAACCUUCAUCGGCACGAUGGUGGGGAUACUGUUUUCCUAUGGUACCUUCAUCUUGCAGCUAAAAGAAACCCGGGAGAAAACGAGCUGACUUCGUCCAGGGCGACGAAUCACGGAGUCAACAUUUCGGGAUGCAAUAUUAGCGGA